AUGCCUCGAGCAUUCCUUGUUAAAAAGUCCAACAUUUCACCUAGCAAACGGAGCUGGAGCGAUCUGCCUGACCACGAGCGAGGAGAUAUAUAUAUACCAGUUUCCCUGUCACCAGCAUCUCUUAAAGAGGAGACGGAGGCCAGUCCUGCCGAGGUUGCCUUGUGCCUGUCCACUCGUAAGGACCAUGGCGUGCACACACAGAUGUACACACACGAUUCCUACACUGUGCUCUGUUCAGCCGAGCUGCCCUCCAGCACGGCGCUGGGCCAGCCACAUAGCCUGGAGUCACCGGACAUCAGGAGGUCACAGGCCAGCACAUACAUUCGCUCCAAAAUGAAGGUGACCACAGGCGAGCCUCCUAGCCAAAUCCCACCUACCCCUCCAAGUAUCACUACUAGUCCCCCUGUUGUCAUGGCAACUCCCGACACCCCAGCGGUCAGCGUGCCCCCGGCAGCACCCUCCAAUGGGACCUUUGUGUGUCAGGUGUGCCAAAAGACCUUCCAGUUUCAGCGCAUGCUCAACAGACACCUGAAAUGUCACAGCGAACAGAAGAGGCACCUGUGCAAUUUCUGCGGUAAAGGUUUCAACGACACCUUCGACCUCAAGAGACACGUCCGCACCCACACAGGGGUUCGUCCGUAUAAGUGCAAUCUGUGUGAGAAAGCUUUUACCCAACGUUGUUCUCUGGAGUCUCACAUGAAGAAGAUCCACGGCGUGACGCAGCAGUACGCCUACAAAGAGAGACGCAGCAAACUCUACGUCUGCGAGGAGUGCGGACACACGGCCUCCACCCAGGACGGACUGGUGCGUCACCUCCACUCCCAACAUCCCAACAGCAUCUUCCUCCGCGGGAAGGGGGCGCGCAGACUGACCAUGACAGGGGGUCCUCCCAGGGAGGAGACGUCCCUGCCUGGGUCCCCUCUCUCUCAGAACAGUGACGAUACCACCGGGUCUGGAGGACGAUAG